CGUGUGUAGCCUCUCGGCCGCCAGAUGGCAGUGUGUCUUUAAACGUGGACAAUUCCGAGGAAGAAGAAGACAAGAAACAACCUUUGCGAAACGACGAGAAGCCAAGUAGCACAAUCAUCAUGGGCCGCCACUUUGGAGACUUGGCCAGGAUCAGACAUGUAAUCACGUACAGUCUGUCCCCCUUUGAGCAGAGGGCCUUCGCCAACUAUUUCUCCAAAGGAAUCCCUAAUGUGUGGAGAAGGUUCACUGCGUCAUUUUUCAAAGUUGCCCCUCCCAUGGCACUGGUGUACAUAACGUACACGUGGGCCAACAGUGAAUAUCAUCAGCUAAGGAGGAAGAAUCCUGCUGACUACGAGAACGAUGAAUAAUCUCUGAAACUUCCCCAGUUGUUAAUUCUGUUUCACCAAUAAAGAUGGAAAAGUAUUUAUGUGAAAUCAA